CGCGGGGCGGACGCGGCGGGUCCGGGCCCGGCGCAGCGGGGGCGGAGGCGCGAGCGGAGCAUGAAUGGGGCAAGAUGGCGGAUCAUGUGCAGAGCCUGGCCCAGCUAGAGAACCUGUGCAAGCAGCUGUAUGAGACCACGGACACGGCGACGCGGCUGCAGGCGGAGAAAGCCCUGGUGGAGUUCACCAACAGCCCCGACUGCCUGAGCAAGUGCCAGCUGCUCCUCGAGAGAGGGAGUUCCUCCUACUCCCAGUUACUGGCAGCCACCUGCCUUACCAAACUGGUGUCACGCACAAACAACCCCCUGCCGCUGGAGCAGCGAAUAGAUAUCCGGAAUUAUGUGCUCAACUACCUGGCGACGCGGCUGAAGCUGGCGACGUUCGUGACGCAGGCGCUGAUCCAGCUCUACGCCCGCAUCACCAAGCUGGGCUGGUUCGACUGCCAGAAGGACGAGUACGUCUUCAGGAACGUCAUCUCCGACGUCUCCCGCUUCCUCCAGGACAGUGUCGAGCACUGCAUCAUAGGAGUGACAAUCCUGUCCCAGCUAACGAAUGAGAUUAAUCAAGUAAGUGCUACAGCCUUCCUCAGUGAAGCGGACACAACCCACCCUCUGACCAAGCACAGGAAAAUUGCCUCUUCCUUCCGGGAUUCCUCUUUAUUUGAUAUUUUCAACCUGUCCUGCAGUUUACUGAAACAGGCUUCUGGGAAGAACCUGAACCUGAACGAUGAAAGCCAGCACGGGCUGCUCAUGCAGCUCCUCAAGCUCACCCACAACUGCCUGAACUUCGACUUCAUCGGCACCUCCACGGACGAGUCCUCGGAUGAUCUUUGCACUGUGCAGAUCCCAACCAGUUGGAGAUCAGCAUUCUUGGAUUCUUCGACCCUUCAGUUGUUUUUUGAUCUUUAUCAUUCCAUCCCUCCUUCGUUCUCUCCUCUGGUUUUGUCCUGCUUGGUGCAGAUCGCCUCCGUUCGCAGAUCCCUCUUCAACAACGCCGAGCGGGCAAAGUUCUUAUCUCAUCUCGUUGAUGGAGUCAAACGGAUACUGGAAAACCCCCAGAGCUUGUCAGACCCCAACAACUACCACGAGUUCUGCCGAUUGCUGGCGCGGUUGAAAAGCAAUUACCAGCUGGGCGAGCUGGUGAAGGUGGACAACUACCCCGAGGUCAUCCGGCUCAUUGCCAACUUCACCGUCACCAGCCUGCAGCACUGGGAGUUUGCUCCCAACAGUGUUCACUACCUGCUGAGCCUGUGGCAGCGCCUGGCAGCGUCCGUGCCCUACGUGAAGGCCACCGAGCCCCACAUGCUGGAGACCUACACCCCCGAGGUCACCAAAGCCUACAUCACAUCCCGCCUGGAAUCCGUGCACAUCAUCCUCAGGGACGGGCUGGAGGAUCCCCUGGACGACACGGGGCUGGUGCAGCAGCAGCUGGACCAGCUCUCCACCAUCGGGCGCUGCGAGUACGAGAAGACGUGUGCUCUGCUCGUGCAGCUCUUCGACCAGUCAGCCCAGUCCUACCAGGAGCUGCUCCAGAGUGCCACUGCCAGCCCCAUGGACGUGGCCGUGCAGGAAGGGCGCCUGACGUGGCUCGUCUACAUCAUCGGGGCGGUCAUUGGCGGGCGGGUGUCGUUCGCCAGCACGGACGAGCAGGAUGCCAUGGAUGGAGAGUUGGUCUGUCGGGUGCUGCAGCUGAUGAACCUGACGGAUUCCCGCCUGGCACAGGCUGGGAAUGAGAAGCUGGAGUUGGCCAUGCUGAGCUUCUUCGAGCAGUUCCGCAAGAUCUAUAUCGGAGAUCAGGUGCAGAAGUCUUCCAAGCUGUACCGGCGGCUCUCCGACGUGCUGGGGCUCAACGACGAGACGAUGGUGCUGAGCGUGUUCAUCGGGAAAAUCAUCACCAACCUGAAGUACUGGGGUCGGUGUGAGCCCAUCACCUCCAAGACGCUGCAGCUGCUCAACGACCUCUCCAUUGGGUACAGCAGCGUGAGGAAGCUGGUGAAGCUGAGCGCUGUGCAGUUCAUGCUGAACAAUCACACGAGUGAGCACUUUUCCUUCCUGGGCAUUAACAAUCAGUCCAACCUGACGGACAUGAGGUGUCGGACGACGUUCUACACUGCACUGGGGCGUCUGCUCAUGGUGGAUUUAGGGGAAGAUGAGGAUCAAUACGAGCAGUUCAUGCUUCCCCUCACUGCUGCCUUUGAGACCGUGGCCCAGAUGUUCAGCGCAAACACCUUCAACGAACAAGAGGCAAAAAGAACUUUGGUGGGUUUGGUGAGAGAUUUGAGGGGAAUUGCCUUUGCCUUCAACGCCAAGACCAGCUUCAUGAUGCUGUUUGAGUGGAUAUACCCCUCCUACAUGCCCAUCCUGCAGAGAGCCAUCCAGCUCUGGUACCACGACCCAGCCUGCACCACCCCUAUCCUCAAACUCAUGGCUGAGCUGGUCCACAACAGGUCCCAAAGGCUGCAGUUUGACGUGUCCUCUCCCAAUGGAAUCCUGCUCUUCCGAGAGACCAGUAAAAUGAUCACGACCUACGGGAAUCGCAUCCUGACGCUGGGGGAGGUCCCCAAGGAUCAGGUCUACGCCCUGAAGCUCAAGGGCAUCUCCAUCUGCUUCUCCAUGCUGAAGGCAGCGCUGAGCGGCAGCUACGUCAACUUCGGGGUGUUCCGGCUCUACGGGGACGACGCCCUGGACAAUGCCCUGCAAACCUUCAUCAAACUGCUGCUCUCCAUCCCCCACAGCGACCUCCUGGAUUAUCCCAAGCUCAGCCAGUCCUACUAUUCCUUGCUGGAAGUUCUUACCCAGGACCACAUGAACUUUAUAGCCAGUCUGGAGCCUCAUGUAAUCAUGUAUAUUCUCUCUUCCAUUUCAGAAGGUCUCACUGCACUAGACACCAUGGUUUGCACGGGCUGCUGCUCCUGCCUGGACCACAUUGUCACUUAUCUCUUCAAGCAACUGUCCCGCAGCACCAAGAAGAGAACGACCCCCCUGACCCAGGAGAGCAACCGCUUCCUGCACAUCAUGCAGCAGCACCCCGAGAUGAUCCAGCAGAUGCUCUCGACAGUGCUGAACAUCAUCAUCUUCGAGGACUGCAGGAACCAGUGGUCCAUGUCCAGGCCCCUGCUCGGCCUCAUCCUGCUCAACGAGAAGUAUUUCUCUGACCUGAGGAACAGCAUAGUGAACAGCCAGCCCCCGGAGAAGCAGCAGGCCAUGCACCUCUGCUUCGAGAACCUCAUGGAGGGCAUCGAACGCAACCUGCUGACCAAGAACAGGGACAGGUUCACCCAGAACCUGUCAGCGUUCCGGAGGGAGGUGAACGACUCCAUGAAGAACUCGACCUACGGCGUGAACAGCAACGACAUGAUGAGCUGACACCUCCCACCUCCAGCUGUACAGAGCAGCAUCUCCUUGGCCUGGCCCAGAGGGGUUUCUGAUGGAAAGAAAAGAGGCCCUUCCUAAUCCCUGCCCUUCCCCAGGGCUGGAUUGUGGAUCCCACGUCCCCGAGGGAGGAGGGAGCAGGAGGUUGAGAGCUCUACCUGGGCAGGUGCUUCUGUUUUCCGUGGGGUUAAAAAA